AUGGUUCUCGAAUAUUUCACAGCAUUUAUGAUCAUUACACCUGCCUUUUUAUGGGCAUAUUCUUGGUAUAUUUCAGCGGUCCCAAAAUACUACACAAAAAAUGGUUCGAAACUCCAUAAAAAGGCAUUGAAGAAUCUAAUGCUCUUAAAAGAAAAAUAUCAUCCAAGUUGGUGGUGUCCGUUUGGAACUACUCAAACUAUUGUACGCCAAGUCUUCCGCGACUGUCCAAGUCUUCCAUUUGUGAGAGAGAUCGUUGAGUUCGAAGAUGGCGGUGCUGCCGGAAUCGAUUGGCUUCUUCCAGAAGGAUGCGAUGAUGAGACACCGAUUGUUGUAUUCUUGCCUGGAAUCACCGGAAGUACUCAUGACAGCAGUUAUAUUCUUCACCCAGUUAUUGAAGCAAGAGACAAAGGCUGGAAAUGUCUAGUUGUUAACCCGAGAGGAUUAGGUGGUGUCCGACUUCGCACAACAAAAACUUAUAAUGCUGCGACGCCACACGAUUUCGCAUAUAUUGCGAAAAUGGUGCACGAGAGAUAUCCCAAAGCGAAAAAACUUGGGUGCGGAUUCAGUAUGGGAGGAAUGAUCCUUUGGAAUUAUUUGGCAAUGGUUGGCGAAAAUGCACACUUGGAUGGUGGAAUGAUUAUUUCUUCACCAUGGGACCCAAUGAUUGCUUCAGAUUCUAUCGAGUGUUUCAUUCCACAAUUGAUUUUCAAUAGUUUUAUCGCAAAAAAUUUGGUUAAAGUUGUCAAACCGUAUCGCGAACUCUUCGAAGGAAAAAUUGACUUUGACCAAGUUCUCAAAUGUACAACAGUUCGAGGAUUUGACAAAACAUUCGUGACACCCUUAUUCGGAUAUAAAUGCUAUGAUGAUUAUUAUAGAGAGGCCACCCUAAAUACAAAGGUUCACAAAAUCAGAAGGCCAGUCGUAACACUGAACUCGGUCGAUGAUUAUUUCAGCCCUGUUGAAUGCAUUCCGGUCGAAGAUAUGCUUGAAAGCGAAUAUGUCGUUGGAAUUAUCACUAAUCAUGGAGGCCACACUGCUUUUAUGGAAUCUGCUGAUCCAAACGCCCGAGGAAUGGUCGAGAAACUAUUGUCGCAAUGGGGAAAUCUCAUUUUCCACGACAGUCCAUAA